UUUUAUAAAGUCGACCCACCCUCACCUAAUUUUAAUGUCAAAAGAACCCGCAGCAGGGAAGACUGAGAGUCUGGGAGAUAGAGAGAGGAGAGGGAGGGUUUCCUCAAAGAGAACCCGAACCCAAACCCAAACCGAAGCAGAGCACACUAGCGUUCCCUCACCAGGGCGUCCAUCCCAGCAGCCAUGGCGAUGGCGUACAAGAUGGUAAAACCCUCCCCGCGCUCCGGCCAUGCGCCGGCGCCGCAGCCGCUUGCCAUCGAGCAGCCAUGGCUCACGAUCGACGCUCUGUGUGUGUGCGUGCGUGGUUUGCAGGCGACGGAGGGGAUGAACGUGAAGGAGGAGUGCCAGCGCUGGUUCAUGGAGAUGAAGUGGAAGAAGGUGCACCGCUUCGUGGUGUACAAGAUCGACGAGCGGUCGCGCGCCGUGCUGGUGGACAAGGUGGGCGGCCCCGGGGAAGGGUACGAGGAGCUCGUGGCCGCGCUGCCCGGCGACGACUGCCGCUACGCCGUCUUCGACUUCGACUUCGUCACCGUCGACAACUGCCAGAAGAGCAAGAUCUUCUUCAUCGCCUGGUCACCGGCGGCGUCGAGGAUCAGGGCCAAGAUCCUGUACGCGACAUCGAAGCAAGGCCUGCGGCGGCUGCUGGACGGGGUCCACUACGAGGUGCAGGCCACCGACCCCUCCGAGAUGGGCUUCGACGUCAUCAGAGGCCGCGCGCAAUGAGGCCCCCGCUGCGCUCUGCUCCUAUUUACGUACUUACCUGUGCGUGGGCGUGUUCUCCUACUACUCACUGCUCAGUAGUCAGUAGUCAUCUGCGUUCGUGUGUGUGUGUGUGUGAUCGGCCGGAUGCUAAUUGGCGUUGGUGUGCUCCCGUAGCGAUCGAUGCUGCCAAUCUGACGAGGCUUCGCGUGUGUUUGCUUUGCUAUUUUCGGUUCUCGGGAGAGAUGGUGCAGGCGUGGUGUGUUGAUGUUGAUGGGUGGAGUAGAAGCUCAGGGGAGUGGCAGCGGACUAAUGAAACGUCCACCUCUGCGACGUAGAAUUCCACUGAAAAAAAAAUGCUCCAGUGUACCAUAAGCUGCUUCAGAUUUGAUCGUGUUUUCUCUCCCAUGGUGGCGUUUCUACCUACAUUUUUCUUAGAAAACACAUUUCUAGUUACUCGUUCAGUUCUGAAUUAUAAAAUGUUUUGAUU